GCAAGUUGUUUAUGGAACACUAAUCGACUCAUCGUUAGUUCAUUGACGUAUUAUCAUUUUGUUUUCUACCGUAAUUUGUUAAAUCUUUAUAAAAUAAUGGAUGAUUUCGGCGAUAACUUCGUUCAACCAGAAGUGGACCCAGCGGCAGAGUUCUUAGCGCGCGAACAGAAUCAGCUGGCUGGGUUGGAAGAUGAGUUGGAAACUAGUGCUCCGCCCCCCGUUUCAUCCUCUAAUGGUCUAGUUGAUGAUUUUGUUGAAGUACCUAGCGCUGCUGCAUUCGAAGCCAACGGCCUAGAAGACGAGCCCGUACAGACGUCCGUUUUCAAGCAGGAGAGAGAAGAGCCAGAAAAGAUCCGAAUCUGGAGAGAGGAACAGAAAAAGCGGCUUGAGGAGAAAGAUGCCGAGGAAGAGAAAAAGAAGGAAGAAAUGUUAAAAAUAGCAAAGAAGGAACUAGAAGAUUGGUACAAGACUCAUGAAGAGACCAUAGCUAAAACAAAGGCAGCCAACAGGGAGUCUGCUCAGAACGCCGAGCGAGCACUGGCGCGUGGCUCAGAAAGUGGCGUAGAGAAUGGCAACGAGUGGGCUCGCGUCGCAGAAUUGUGCGACUUCGGGCCGCGCCGCGGUCGCGAUGUGGCUCGUCUCCGGUCCAUCGUGUUGCAACUUAAGCAGGCCGGUGUGCGCCCUAAGUGCCCACCUCGCACCACUAAAGUGGCAUGAAGAGCAUAGGAAGAGCUAGCAAUUAUAUUAGCCUGAUUAAUAAUAUGUUAAGGUGUAAACAUCAGUCUCAGUGUAAGAUCACAUUUGAAUGCCUACAUAUGAAAAUAAAUUAAGAAACGUUAAAAACUAUUAUAUUGUUCAAUACUGUAUAAUUCAAGUGGAAUGUAUAAACUAUGUAUUAGAACUGUUAUUUAUUGAAAUUAUUAUUUUAUACUUGCUUGUUGGCUAGACUAACAAUGCCUUUUUUAUUUGGUCAUAGUAUUAUAAUAAUAAAUAAUAUCAUUCCAAAAUAAAUCUUUAAUUGUAACUA